UUAAGUGAUGACGUCACAUUCACCUCACAUGGUCAAUGGCGAAGUGUGGUUGUUGGCAUUUCACCACCUAAGGAAACAAAAGAAAGCGUAAAAUUUAAUCACUGAGACCCUACCGAGAGAAAAAUCAUUAAUUAGGGAGUAAUUGAAAUAAUUUUGUAUUCAUUGAUAACUCUUUAAUCUGGUGGGUUGUGUGGUAUCCCCACCAUACGGUCAAUCGCUAAUCUGUUUGUCGAGUGUCACAAACAACAUGGCAUCGAAUGGAGUUGAUGGCGAGAGCAGUGCAGACAGAAAUGUAGAAAUAUGGAAGAUCAAGAAACUCAUCAAGAGUUUAGAAGCUGCGAGAGGAAAUGGUACGAGUAUGAUAUCGUUAAUUAUUCCACCAAAAGAUCAGAUAUCCAGAAUCGCCAAGAUGUUGGCGGAUGAGUUUGGUACAGCAUCAAAUAUCAAAAGUCGCGUGAACCGACUGUCAGUUCUGGGAGCCAUUACUUCAGUACAGCAGAGGUUAAAACUAUAUAACAAAGUUCCACCGAAUGGAUUAGUGAUAUACUGUGGUACUAUUGUGACAGAUGAAGGCAAGGAGAAGAAAGUGAACAUAGAUUUCGAACCUUUCCGACCCAUUAACACGUCCCUGUAUUUAUGUGAUAAUAAAUUCCACACGGAGGCUCUGACAGCGCUGUUAGCAGAUGACAAUAAAUUUGGAUUUAUUGUGAUGGAUGGUAAUGGGGCGUUGUUCGGUACACUGUCGGGAAACACUAGAGAAGUCCUACACAAGUUCACUGUCGAUUUACCCAAAAAGCACGGAAGAGGAGGUCAGUCAGCCCUGCGUUUUGCCCGUUUACGUAUGGAGAAAAGACACAACUAUGUUAGGAAAGUUGCUGAAGUUGCAGUACAACUAUUCAUUUCCAACGACAAACCGAACAUUGCUGGGCUUGUGUUGGCAGGGUCAGCUGACUUCAAAACAGAACUCAGUCAAUCAGACAUGUUUGAUCUGAGAUUACAAGCCAAAAUUAUAAAGAUUGUUGAUGUGUCUUAUGGAGGGGAAAAUGGUUUCAAUCAGGCAAUUGAGCUGGCUGCUGAUGGACUUGCCAAUGUCAAAUUCAUCCAGGAAAAGAAACUCAUAGGUCGUUAUUUUGAUGAAAUCUCACAAGAUACAGGGAAAUACUGCUUUGGUGUGGACGAUACGUUAAAAGCAUUAGAAAUGGGAGCCGUGGACAUUCUCAUUGUGUGGGAAAAUCUGGACGUCACAAGAUAUGUCCUGAAGAACCACGCCACAGACGUUGAGAAUAUUCUGUACCUCCGACCAGAGCAGGAGAAAGACAAGACCUACUUUGUUGAUAAAGAUACGGGGGUGGAGUUGGAGUUGUCAGAGCAGAUGCCUUUAUUAGAGUGGUUUGCAAAUAACUACAAAAAUUUUGGUGCCACCCUAGAAAUUAUCACAGAUAAGUCACAAGAAGGAGCGCAGUUUGUUCGCGGCUUCGGUGGAAUAGGAGGAAUACUUCGAUAUCAGAUAGACUUUCAAGUGUUAUCAGGGCAAGUGUUCGACGAUUUGGAGGAUGAUUUUGAUUUAGAUGACUAUUGAAUUUUCAUACAUUACCAAGGAACCAAAACAAAAAAAAAACACAACCGACAGAACUUGCACUUGACUGGUGCAUGAUGGGAUAUUGGUUGGGGCUCAGUGAACGUAACAUUACUGGCCUCUCUGGGAUGUCAUUUUGUGACACUGCCUCUUGCUAAUGAAAAUUGUUUGCGAUUUCCCAGCUUAAAUUUUAAAAAUAUUUAUUUCAGGUCUUUUUUUGUUAUAAAACCUAUUGUUAAGAAACUGUACAUUUUUACUAUUGUAAAGGCAAUUUUCAUCAACCAGUAGUUAAGUUUAGUUUGUUUUACUGACAUUUGAAGAUGUAUAUCAGAUAUGAAUGUAAAGAAUGUAAAUUUUGAAAAUAUUUAUGUAUUGUACAAUAACUGGUAAUAAAGAUUAGGCUUUGUAAAAAAUGCUUUAGAAGAACAUCAAAAAGAAUGCUCAAUAGAUUUUUGUUUAGUAAAGUUGUCCUCAAUUUAAUGUCAGAGAUGCAUUUUAUGAGGGCUGUGAAAAUGAAUGGAUGUGCAAUUUGUUGAUUUUAAAUACACUGCUUUUGAAGACUAAUUUUUGUCUUCUGAGUAUUUCUUUAAAUGCUGUAUUACAUGAAAAUUGUGAUCUAUACUGAAUAUAAAAUUUAUUGUGUUGUAUUUUACUAAAGUAUUUUGUAUUGUUCAAAACGCCUACAACUUUCAAAUUAAAUCCCCAUAUGUUGUUACUACAUGAAAUAUAUCUGAAUGACAUUGUUGUUUCUGAAUAUAUGAGAGAGAAAUAUCUAAAAUCUCUUCUCUUUUUCUAUUGUUUUUCCAAGAAUUUGUUUUGUAAACAUUCAAAAUACCAGUUGGGUCUUGUUGAAGCGUAAUUUUUAUGUUCCUGAUCUGAAUUUCAUGUUGAUCGAAUGAAUGUAGAAUUACUGUCAUGACGUGUGUUUCAUUCCAUGUGAUGGACUCGUGUUCGUAAUAAAAUAGAUUAUGACAACGUGGCGCUUUGUGAGAGUGUGUGUAUGUUAUUGGUAUGGAGUUCUAGUAACGCUAAUUUUUAUUACCUCUCUUGAUAACGUCUUUGUAAAUUAUUUAAUGAUACAUUCUACCGUUAUCUGCAAGUGCGUUGUUCAAAGUUGUUAAUUAAUGCAAAUUGUCAAAUGCACAUAGUUACUAGGUAAUGAGUUGUGAUUGGUUACCGUUUUAAUGGCCCAGCAUUAAAAAGUCUUAAGAUUUUAUCGAUUCCACACUCAUUUUAAUAUCAUCUUUUAGAGUAUGAAACUGUUCAACUGAUAACUUGGAGUUCCUUACCUCUGAUGAUGCCUGUGAGCUUUAUUAAUGGUUUGCUUGUAUAUCUGAUCAAAUUUUGAACCCAGAAAAUUUUACCAUUUUUUAUCAGACUUGAUGCUCUAGUAAGUAAACUUUCUUGAGGAAUAUAGCUAAAGUUUGUCAAAAUGGUAAAAUACCCAUUUACAGUUUCAAAUCUCAUGUGGAAGAUUUGAGGGGGAAAUUGGAUGGUGUAAGAAUUAUUGUUCUUUAAAGUUGUAAACUUUUUCUUGGAAAGAUUGAACUUGUGAAAGUGUUCCUUAGUUGAAAAAAGAUUUUAGAGGAUAUAGAUUUAAAUUUCAUGCAUUGAAUUAACUGUGUACAAUUUUUCAAGUGUAGAUUCUCAAACUUUUAAAAUUUUGGCCAUGGCUUACGUGGGCCCACAGGAAUAGGAUGGUGAGAGCAAGGAGAGCAUUGUUCAAGAUCCUUUUGAUACAGGAAUUAUGAUCUUGUCAGACAUUUUGCAUUUCACACAGUUGGGUAAUUUCAAAAAUGUACAAUUGAGUCCUGUGUUGAACAUGCAUGUUACACAUGUAUGUAUAAAUGAAGAAGAAUGUGACAUUUCAUAGAUUACUGAUGGCAUUAUAUUGACUUUAGAUUAAAACAAUUUCAAUGAUUAUCUGAUUUAUCCUACUUGUGUACAGUGUACUAUGCUACUGAACUUUGGUUCAUUACAUGUGUAGUUUGUAUGACUACCUCAAGCUUGUAUUUUAAAAGUACUGACCAGAAUAUUACAAUGGGAGACCAUGAUUUCAUCUGCCGAGGGCAGUGUCAGGAAUUCGAUAUGAUGACGUAUGUUACAUCUCUGCUGUAAAUGCUUUCUGAAACCAAGAAUAGUGGCUAAUUUGUUUGGAAGGCCACACUUGGGUAUGUGGUACACAGCUUUUCUGCUCUAUACAGAAUAAACAUGGUUGUUAUGCCUGUCAAACAGA